CAGAGCGCAGCGGCUGCGGCGGCAGCGAUGGGGAUGCUCAGCCUGCCCGGCUUUCUGUCCUGCGGGAAGAAGAAGGACUUCAAUUUUGGAGAUGCCCGCAUCAGCAAAGAGAACUCAGAGCGUGAAAACUGGUCAAACAAGGCCGACUACCUGCUGUCCUUGGUGGGCUAUGCCGUGGGCCUGGGCAACGUCUGGCGCUUUCCCUACCUCACCUACCAGAAUGGAGGAGGUGCUUUUCUAAUCCCCUACACCCUCAUGCUGGCGUUAGCUGGCUUGCCCUUAUUUUUCAUGGAAUGUUCCCUUGGGCAGUUUGCCAGUCUAGGGCCAGUUUCCAUCUGGAGAAUACUACCAUUGUUUCAAGGAGUGGGCAUCACAAUGGUCAUCAUCUCAACAUUUGUGACUAUCUACUACAACGUUAUCAUUGCUUAUGCACUUUACUACUUAUUUGCCUCAUUUCAAAAAGUGCUGCCAUGGUCAGAUUGCUUCUCCUGGGCAGAUGAAUUAUGCAGCAAGACACGAAUAGUAAGUGACUGCAACGCAACCUUGCAUGGGGAAAUCAUUCGUGCGAACUACUCAUUCAUCGCGGGCAACAAUCUCACGUGUAUAAAUGGCACCAUAAGCUACAAACCAGUGCAAUUUCCCAGUGAGCAAUACUGGAACAAAGUGACUCUGCAGCGCUCGAGUGGGCUGGACGAGACCGGCAGGAUCGUCUGGUACCUGGCUCUCUGCCUCCUCCUGUCCUGGAUGAUUGUUGGAGCUGCCCUGUUUAAAGGAAUCAAGUCUUCUGGAAAGGUUGUCUACUUUACUGCACUCUUCCCAUAUGUCAUCCUGCUCAUCCUGUUGGUGCGAGGGGUCACCCUGGAAGGUGCUUUGGAUGGCAUUGAGUACUACAUUGGGAGACAGUCCAACAUCACCAAGCUGAUGGAGGCAGAGGUUUGGAAAGAUGCAGCCACCCAGAUAUUUUUCUCCCUGGCCGUGGGGUGGGGUGGGCUUGUUGCUUUGUCUUCAUACAACAAGUUCCACAACAACUGCUACUCAGAUGCCAUUCUAGUUUGUGUGACCAACUGUGCCACCAGCGUGUUUGCUGGGUUUGCAAUAUUCUCCAUCCUGGGACAUAUGGCAUUUGUGUCUCAGAGGCCUGUCUCAGAGGUGGUGGACUCAGGGUUUGAACUGGCCUUUGUAGCCUACCCAGAGGCUCUCUCCCAGUUACCAGUUUCUCCUCUGUGGUCUUUCUUGUUUUUCUUCAUGCUUGUGCUUUUGGGCCUUGACUCCCAGUUUGCCUCCAUUGAAACAAUUACAACCACCAUUCAAGAUAUAAAUCCCAGAGUGAUGAAAAAAUUAAGAGUACCUGUAACCCUGGGUCUAUGUGCAGCAUUCUUUUUUCUUGGGCUUAUCUGUGUUACUCAGGCAGGAAUUUACUGGGUUAACCUAAUAGAUCACUUCUGUGCUGGAUGGGGAAUCCUUAUUUCAGCUGUCCUGGAGAUAGUAGGCAUUGCCCACAUUUACGGAGGAAGAAGAUUCAUUGAAGACAUUGAAAUGAUGAUUGGAAAGAAGAGCAGUUCAUUCUGGCUGUGGUGGAAAAUGUGCUGGUUUUUCAUCACUCCUGUGCUGUUAAUGGUUGUUUUGGUCUGGUCUUUGAUGACAUUUCCAAACCCCACUUAUGGCUCAGUGUUAUACCCAGCCUGGGGAAGCAUUGUUGGCUGGUGCAUGAUCAUCUUCUGCGUCAUCUGGAUUCCCAUUGUUGCUAUUGUAAAAAUACUUAAUGCUGAUGGAAACCUUGUUGAGCGCAUUGUCAGCUGCUGCCGGCCUGCAGCAAACUGGGGCCCCUACCUGGAGCGUCACCGGGGAGAGCGGUACAGCCACAUCGAGGAUCCCAGGACAGCCAAGGGGCAUGAGAUCCCCACUGUGUCUGCCAUCGUAUACAAGCAACAUUGAGAUGGCUCUUUGGAUGACUGUUUUUUAGUAUAUAUACACGGGUUUUGUUUUUUAAUAUUGGAAAGGUACAAGGCGAAAAAAAAAAAGGCAAAUCGACAGCCCUGCUCCUUUAAAAUCCAGUCCCCAAAUGACAGCAAGUCAUAUUAUUUAUUUGUAGUGCUUUGGGGAGGGACACAUCAAUAAGGCACUGAGAUCUCAUCAGAUAUGUGGGUUGAGAGGGCAGGAUAAUACAUUGCAGGCUCCCCAGGCUGCUGGACUGGGCAUGCUUCACCCCAUGCAGCUGGUAUCCAGCUGGAGUGCAGAUACGGGUGUGGGGGACAGGAAAGACAUUCUGGUGCUCCCAGCUGGAGCCCAAAGGUGCUCUGUGUGUGUCUGUGUGUGUGUGUGCCCUGAGGUGCAGUUGCUGCAUUCUGCUGUGCUCUGCCACCCCAGGGGUGUGCAGUCAGCAGAGGGGAAGGGGUGUGCUGCUGCCUGGCACUGGAGCUCAGGGAACAUGAGUAAUUCUUCUCUGUCUAAGCCUUGCUCAGUGUGCUGGGAGGCUGCUCAGGAUUUGAUGUUAAGUGUGCUCUGUGUGUGUGUGUUGUCUAAACAAAUACAAAUA